AUGUCUCGCAGAACAGCAGUCGUCGAGGAGUUCGACGACGACACAGAGCUCCCUCUCCCGAACCGACCUCUGCCCAACACAGGCUCGCGGGGCGCCAUCCUCGAAGAGCUCUCAGACGACGCCUACUCAGACGACGAUGUCCCCCCACUGCGUGCACCGACGGCUGGGCCCGCCUCGCCCUCACAGCUGCAGUUCAAGGCCCCCGUGCCAGAAAGGCCGGAGCACGGCGCCCGGGCGGUCACAGACAUCACGCCCUACAAGAAAUGGACGUGCGUGUACCCAAUAUACAUCGACGCAAAGCGACCGCACGGGACGGGCGAGCGGCGCAUCGCGCGCUCGAAGAGCCUCUGGUGGCCGCUCAGCAGAGACAUCGCGGAGGCUGCGGGCAGGCUCGGGCUCGGUACGCUGCACGAGAUGAACAAGGCGCACCCGCGCGACUGGGAGAACCCCGGGCGCGUGCGCGUGCAGUGGAAGAAGGAUGGGCGGCUCGUCGACCCCGGCAUCAAAACCAAGAAACAGCUGCUCGAGAAGCUGGCCUACCAGAUCCAGCUCGUCAAGCCCGACAAUGUGCCCAAGCCGCCGUACACGACGUCUGCGACGGUGUCAGUAGAACCAGAACCAGCGCCGGUACCCACGCCCUCGAAAGGUAAACAGCCCGCGUCCGGCAAGCCCUCCAAGACGACGAUCGAAGAAGGGUCGCCCGAGGCCACCCAGCCCCCGCAGCCUCACCCCUUGCUGACGAGCCGAGUCUCGCCAUACUCGCCUGCACUGCCCAGCGGCGUGCUGCUAGAGACGAUCAAGGCCGGAAUGAGCGCGCAGGAGGGCGCCCCUGCGAUAGGCGGAGGCGGAGGGAAGGGCAAACGGAAGGUCGUGCGGGUGAGAGGAUGA